GGGGAAGACCUCUUUGAUCAUGGCCCUGGUGGGCGAGGAGUUCCCUGAAGAGGUGCCCCCGCGUGCAGAAGAGAUCACGAUCCCGGCGGACGUCACCCCUGAGAAGGUCCCCACCCACAUUGUGGACUAUUCAGAAAUGGAGCAGACGGAAGAAGAGCUGCAGGAGGAGAUUACCAAGGCGAACGUGGUCUGCAUGGUGUACGACGUGACGGAAGAAUCCAGCAUCGACAAGAUUCGGACAAAGUGGAUCCCCAUGGUGAACGGCGGUGCUGAAAAGGGCUCCAGAAUCCCCAUCAUCCUCGUGGGCAACAAGUCGGACCUGCAGACGGGCAGCUCUAUGGAAACCAUCUUGCCCAUCAUGAACCAGUUCUCGGAGAUCGAGACCUGCGUGGAGUGUUCCGCGAAGAACCUGAAGAACAUCUCCGAGCUCUUCUACUACGCCCAGAAGGCGGUCCUGCACCCGACAGCCCCGCUUUACGACCCGGAGGACAAACAGCUGAGGCCAGCGUGUGCACGAGCCCUCACUCGGAUCUUCAAUAUGUCCGACCAGGAUAACAACCAGAUCCUAAGUGACGAGGAGCUGAAUUAUUUCCAGAAAUCCUGCUUCGGGAAUCCAUUGGCCCCCCAGGCUCUAGAAGACGUGAAGAUGGUGGUGUGGAAGAACACGACGGACGGAGUCCAGGACAACGGCCUGACGCUCAACGGCUUCCUCUUCCUCAAUACCCUCUUCAUCCAGAGGGGGCGCCACGAGACCACGUGGACCAUCCUGCGCCGCUUUGGCUACGACGACACUGCUCCUAACCACCCGGCCUUUUUCUCUCCCAGGAUCCGGGUGCCCCACGACUGCUCCACCGAGCUCAAUCACUUUGGCUACCAGUUCUUGCAGAAGAUUUUUGAGAAGCACGACAAGGACCGCGACGGUGCCCUCUCCCCUGCGGAGCUGCAGAGCUGCUUCGGCGUCUUCCCUUACAUGCCCUGGGGGCCCGAGCUCUACCACACGGUAUGCACCACUGAUAAAGGCCUGCUUUCCCUGCAUGGAUUCCUCUGCCAGUGGACGCUCGUGGCCUACCUGGAGGUCCAUCGGUGUCUGGAACACCUGGGUUACCUGGGCUACCCCAUCUUCUCUGAGCAGGAUUCUCAGGUUCACGCCAUCACAGUGACCCGGGAGAAAAGGACCGACUUGGAGAAGGGCCAGACUCACCGGAACGUUUUCCUGUGCAAGGUGAUCGGGUCCCCGGGAGCCGGCAAAUCUGCCUUUCUGCAGGCCUUCCUGGGAAAGAACCUAGAGGCCCAAAAGAAAUCCCCGGGUAAGCAGACGGUCUAUACAAUCAACACAGCGCAAGUCAACGGCCAAGAGAAGUAUUUAAUACUGCAGGAGAUGGACGCAGAGGCGGAGUUCACGAAGGUAUCCGACGCCUCUUGCGACGUGGCCUGCCUACUGUACGACGUGACGGACUACAAGUCUUUCAACUACUGUGCCAGUAUCUAUAAGCAGCACUACAUGGACGGCCAGAUCCCUUGCGUCUUCAUGGCUGCCAAGUCGGAUCUCCCGCAGACGUCGCCGCUGCGGGGCCUCUCGCCGGCCGAGUUCUGCUACAAGCACCGCCUGCCGCCGCCGCUCCAUUUCACCUGCAACGUCCACGGCGUGCCCAGUUCCGCCGUCUACGCCAAGCUGGCCACGGCGGCCACCUUCCCGCACCUGAACGACAUCGACUUGGGGGCCGCCUCCUUCUGGAUCCGGGUCGCCUUGGGGGCCACGGUGGCCGCCGUGGUCGGGGUCACCCUCUACAAGGCCGUGGCGAAGAACAAGUGAACGAAGAAAGGGAGUCGGAGCCCUCCGCCGUUUCUCCGCGCAUCUUGGGGGGGGGGAGCCGGCUUCGUUUCCCCCAGACGAGGGGCACGCCCAAGGGAGAGACGGGGAGGGAGAACUCGAUGGAAACUGGAAGAACUAACUCAUUCCCCCACCCCACCCCUUCCUUUGCUCCCCACCGCGGCGGGAGGAGGAGGACCACCCUAGCACCAGCAGAAAUAGCCGACGAGUCAUGCCGCUGGCGGGGGCCGAGACUUGCCCUCAUUUCCAUCUCCCCGGCACCUUCCCCACACUCAGGGUGUGCUCCCCCACUUUCCCCAACCAGCGCUUCAGGUACCCCGUGCUUCACUCUGCUGCUAGACAUGUCUCAAGGCCGACCUUUAUUUAAUUUAUUUUGAGUUUUCUCUCUCUCUUUUUUUAAAAAAACCCCCACAUCCUGAUGUCUUCAAAGUGAAGCCGUUGCCGUAUUUCAGCAAAGCAGGUGUGUACGUUUUUUAAAACUGUUUUAAGGUUUGCUCCGAGCCUUGAGAAACGGCACGUGUUGCUCUGCUGUACUGGUCUGCCACCACAGAAUUCUCCUCAGCGUCAAAUUUUGUAAAGGAAGAGGCCGCUUUGUGCACGCGGUCGCCAACCCCAGAAAGGCCGAAGCCUCGUGGGACGUUUUCAGAGGGCCCUCGAGGGGUUUCACACGGGGUUCCGUUUUCCGCUGCUUAAAUGGAGGCCUUUCUGGGAACAUAAUUGACAAAAGGGGGCGAGGGAAACAUAAGAAUGGAGUCUGGUCUGUCGUGAGCUUCCCUCACAGAAGUCCCUCCAUUGGGUAUUAACGUCCUGUGCCACAUUCCCUUUGGGUAGUUGCACUGGGGCCUCGUUGCUAUGGUGAUUUGGAAGGCCUCGUUGCCCUGAUUCUCUGGGGCAAGACUGAAGCAGACAGUCUGAGGCCUCGGACGGCCUAUCGAGGGGCCUAAAACCGGCAGAGGGAGCACUGGACCGUUGCUAAGCAACCACUUGCUCCCUCCAUCUUGUUGGCUGUUUCUCCCCACCACAGGCCUGAUUUCAAUGUAGGGUCUUUCAGAGGUGUUGGUUAAGGAUGGUUCCCAUGGUGGAGGAAGGGGGGUAGUGGUGGUAACGGUUACACCCCCUCCCCAAGUACACUUAGUCAGUGUUUGAAUAGUUUGCCCCGACUCACCUUUCUGUCUGUUUUGUGCUUUCUGCUGCAGUUUGGCUCACAGAUCCGACCAGGAAACGCUCACCUCAGAGGGAGCCAUAAGUUAUAUCCGCUCAAUUUCUAUGUGUCAGGCUGCUUGUUAAAGGCACAAGAGCCUGACCAGUUAAAGGGGGAAAGGGAGUGCGGGGGAAGUACACCCAGCCGGUAGGUUUGUGCGGUUGUCGCUGCAAUCCCAGGGACCGCUCCCGACCCCUGUGUAUAGACAGUUGUGUAAAUAUGUACAUGAUAGCAGGAAAUAAUGUCCAUGCUUUCCUUUGGCUGCUCGGCUCAAAUUAAAAAGGGACUUCUUCGAAGACAGGUUCGCUGUGCUUCGCCUCGUCCUUACGGCAACCAGUGAAAGGCCUUUCUGUUCCGGGGUCCCUUCUCCCGUCCUCGGGUCUUACGGUGGAGGGGGAGGCCCCUUUCUGACCUCACUUUCGGAUGCACUCCGCGGGUGGCUGGUUCCCCGCAGCCGCAGAACGCCUCGUGCCCACGAAACUCAAGAGGGGAAUGUGACCGUGAACCAGUCUGUAUCUGGAAACCGGAAGCAGCCGUCUCCACGCUCGCCACUUCCAGGGCUCGAGCUGUUCAGAGGAGAUCUGUGCAUCGUAAGGGACACAAGGCUGGUGUCUUCAGCGGCAGCCUUGCGUUCCUUGUGGCGUUGGUUCCACCCUCAGUCUCCCAUCCAAAUUGCAAGCUGCCCCCUCUCGGUUUUGGCUUCUCUUCAUGGUCCUGUACAAGCAAGCAGGCCGUUGGACUGUCAAGUUGCAGGAUAAAGUUCGAGUCCAGUG